AAAGACCACUGAGAGGAAACUUGGUGCUCGACUGCUCGUGACGGUUCAUGAAAAUCCCGCGGAUAAGCCGUCAGGAUUGCAAUUUGCAACCAAAAAGAGGGGGAAACUUUUGCUCAUUAUUCACAAGAGCCAUCGGAUCCGGAUCUAACUCGAUCACAUCCAAAAUUCACCGUCUCAACACUCAACCAGGCGAUUUAUUGCUGAACCGGUCAGGAAUCAAGGCGUGCAGUUCCAAUUUCGAGUCGGCUUUGAUUUGAAGUUUAGCUUAUUGCAUCCCUUAAGGGAACACCCAAGACAUGGCGACGACUAGGUCACCGAAUCUUUCGUCCGACGACAUAGUCGAUUCGACGCCGUUUAUAGCAAAUUCAGGCGGGUCUUCCGAUGAAUUCAAUUCUGGCCGUCGAUUUGUUCGCAGGCAGAGCCUGCGCCAAGCGGCUCGGUUCCUGAGGCAGGCCAGUGGCCGUAGAAUGAUGCGCGAACCAUCGAUGCUAGUCAGAGAGACUGCAGCCGAGCAAUUGGAGGAGAGACAGGGCGAUUGGGCUUAUUCUAAACCCGUUGUGAUCCUUGAUAUUAUUUGGAACUUCGUCUUUGUUGUCGCGGCUGCUGCCGUUUUAAUUUUGAGUCGAAGCGAGUCGCCGGCCAUGCCUUUGAGGUUGUGGAUUGUGGGCUACGCUCUGCAAUGCAUCCUUCACGUGUUCUGUGUUUGCGUUGAAUAUAGGAGACGGAGGCGUCUCCGGAGGCGCCAAUUUCCACCAUCCUUGGACGAAGUGAACGAAAGGACUGGCAGCAGUGGAAAUCUGAGUCCAGGUUCAAGGGAGGGUUCUGGGCAGUAUGUGGCAUUGGCGCAAUUCAACGAAGAGGGUACAAGUGUAGCAAAGCAUUUGGAGUCAGCGAAUACAUUGUUUUCAUUUAUCUGGUGGAUCAUUGGAUUUUACUGGGUAUCAGCUGGUGGUCAAUCUUUAGUCCUUGAUUCUCCACUUUUAUACUGGUUAUGUAUAGCUUUCCUAGGUUUUGAUGUUUUCUUUGUCGUAUUCUGUGUUGCGCUGGCAUUCAUCAUUGGUAUUGCUGUAUGCUGUUGCCUUCCAUGUAUUAUUGCACUUCUAUAUGCUGUUGCAGACCAGGAAGGAGCAUCAAAAGAAGAUAUUGAGCAGUUGCCUAAGUUCAAAUUCCGAAGAAUUGACAGUAGUGAGAAACUUGCUGGGAAUGCACAAGAACCAGUUGGUGGAAUAAUGACUGAAUGUGGCACUGAUUCGCCAAAUGAACACAUUCUUUCUGAGGAGGAUGCGGAAUGCUGCAUCUGUCUAUCUGCUUAUGAUGACGGUGUUGACCUUAGAGAACUUCCUUGUGGCCACCAUUUUCACUGUGCCUGUGUGGACAAGUGGCUGUACAUUAAUGCUACUUGUCCUCUUUGCAAGUACAAUAUCUUGAAGAGAAUUAACCAAGAGGAAGCGUAGGGGACUGCGGACGUUAGAAAAAAUUUCUAGCUCUCAUGGUGAAUUGGCUUAUUUUUGUUAUCUGGGCGUGCUAUCCACAGCAUGUUGAUAUACUUUCAAUCCAGGCCAAUUUUGCAGUGGCUUUGAGCUUGUGUAUAUAGGCUUGUUCUUAUAUGGGCACUUAAAGUCACCCUAGUUGGCUGUACGAUCUGUAAAUUCACCGUUAGACAUUUUUCAUUCUCAUCUGCCCAUGUUCAGUAUUUGUAAGGUUCGUACGGUGAAGACAGUAGGAAAAGAAAUUUAUGAGUGUAUUUAAGAUAAGACAGCCUGUUAGGCGAGUUGACUGCGACGUAUCUUUUUUUCGGUUUGCUGUAGUAAAGGCUUCUCUUGGAACAUUCUAA